UUGUCAAACAUAGAUCAUUAUUCCUUCAGCUCUUGUAAGUCACUGUUUACUUUAAGGGCUCUUGGAGUACCUCAUCAGCAAAAAGUUUUUGUGAAAAAUCCAACUGCAUCAACGGUUCGUUUUGAUGCUAUUUCUGGAUCAACAAUACAUUUUCACUGUUCUUUUCCUGAACAUAAAGUAAUUUUUCGUACAAGGUCUCGAAUUCAUUUUAAGUUACGAGGCAUUGGAUCAGGCAACCCAUACAGGCUGCGUCCGUUGGUAGGUGCUCGGGUUCCAUUAAAUGGUACAUUUGUAUCUGCAGUUCGGCUGUAUAACCCCCACUCUACUACACUGCACGUUAAAGAGAUGUACACGAGUGGGGGUGAUGUCCAUUUAGAACUUCCAGACACUGCUCCUGAUAAAGUUCAUGACAGUUCAUUAUGGGAAAUAGCUCCUUAUCAAACUAAAGUCAUUAUGAACGCAAAAGUGUUAGCUGCAAGGGAACGGAAUGCAACAGCCUAUAUUAAAAUAAAGACUGCUUUAAAGAAGCGAAGAAACGUUACAGGGAGCGAAGGGAUGAUCAGAAUUAUGGAAGAGAAGUCGGAGGACACUUUGAUUGUUCCAGUUGAAGUAUUGAUAAAGCGUGGGCUGUUUUCUACUUCUGAUAUUUUGGACUUUGGCCUAGUUAGAAUUGGAGAGCGUAGUGGUCAGUUAAUGUUGGAAGUUGUGUCUACGCUUGAAAAAGGUCUUGAAAUAGAGUCCUUGUAUGUUGCGGAGAAAGGUACUGAUGACCCAAGUGGUAUUUAUAUGGAAUUUGCUUCAAAACCGCCAAUCGCUGUUAAAUGUGGAGCAAGACAACAGCCUGGUUUGCCUUUUGUAGUUUAUGAGAUUACUGCAUUUUCAGCAAAGGGUAAGAUAACGGCUGAGAGUCGAAGUGGGAAUUACAACAUCUCAGUCCCUUAUGUAUUAAACUGUGUCAAGAAGCUCAGUCAUUUCGUCACUUUAAAGAACACGCUUCCAUUUGGCGUUACCGUUUGGAAUGUUACUGUUGAUGACCGGGUAACUUUAUUGCCGGGUGAAUCAAGGCCUGCUUUUUGGUUGAGAUACUUGAAAAAGCAGCCUGACGGGUUUACAGCAUAUGUGACGCUACGGACUAAUGUAACGACGUUUCAUGUUCCACUGUCAGUGCAUAACGUCUAUUUUACUUUAAAUACACAUUCUGCCGCAAUUAUUUCGUUCGUUUAUCCUCGAAUAACGUUUCAGCUCUACAGCACUUUCAAGCGGAAUAUGCAUGUUCUUAGGAUCUCGACUCUUUCACGAGAUCCAAGGAUGCAUUUUGAGGUUCUUGAUGGCGACCAAACACCAAUUCUUAAAAGCAACCAAGUGUCCUAUCUUGGUCGAGCACAGUUUAGACCGAAUGCGACUUGUGGUGAAAAUAAUUGUUAUUUAGGCAUCAAUUUAAAUUCGGGAGAAGGUCAGUGGUUUACAUAUGGUAUGAAACUCCCACAAAAUUUAGCAGAAAUUGACACUUAUCUUUAUAAGAGGCUGAGGAAGCGUUGGUUUGCAAUGCGAGCUCAAGGGAGGCAUAUCAUCAAUGAAACAAUUAUUGUGGAUACCAAUGAGCACAUACCGAUUCCCGUUACUGGCGAGCUGAUUUGGCCGAGACUUCUCACACGUUCCGUAGUUCAUUUUCCAUUAACAGCCGUCGGAAACUUCACAAUCAUGAAUCUGACGUUGCAAAAUCCGGCUUCAACGUCUGUGGUUGUUCAACUCUUACCUUUAGUUAUAUAUCCAGAUGCCGACAACUUGGUUGAAUUUUUCCGCGAUAACCUUGACUCGCCUCUAACUGAGCCAAUUGAAAUGAAUGAAACUUUGAUGUUUUCCCUAAGGGACACAGAGUUGUUCACAUUGAAAUCGGACAGUCCUGUUCCUAUGCUGCGUGAACAGCUACAGGAGAUUUGCAGAGAACUUAGGUUCACGUUGUCGAUGCUUCUUCGUCCAGGUAUGAAAGUAAGGAUACGUGUUGGUUUUCUACCGAAUGAUUAUACGUUGAGGUCGUCGUUACUGUUAAUUAGGAACAAUUUGACUGUGAUAGAACCUGUCGUUUUAUAUGGUAAGGGAUCGCGUGUCGAUAUGCAGGUGGACGGUCAGUCGGCUAGGUCUGGGAAGCCGCUAACUUUUGAAAUUUUGAAACAUCAUCUUGCUGACUGCCACAACCCAAAGCGUUUGGUGCAUAAGCUGAAUACAACACUUACUGUGAAGCGUUCUUUCACUGUAGUCAACACUGGUGAAGUAACCUUUACGGUUGUUAAUAUGAGCAUUAACUACAUUCCUUGCGAAAAUCGAGGAUUUCGUAUCCUCAACUGUCAUCCAUUUCGCUUAGCUCCAAAUGAAACUUAUAUUCUAGAUAUCGCAUAUACUCCAGAUUUCUUAAUGACAUGGAAUGAAGCAGCUUUACAGUUUUUUAUGCAUAUGAACAGCACUUCUUGGAUGUUCCUUCUGGGGGCUUCAAUUCCAUUUGACAUGCUCGCUAAGUGUCACUCAGCGCUCCCGAGACCAAAUGUGGAGUGGCUGAUUUACUACUUUUCGUGUAAUUUUUCACGAGGUACAUUAUGCUUAUGUUUUCUUGCUUCGGUGUGUGUUUGGGCAUGGUCUUACUUGGAAGGUGAACGGGCAGUGGAAGAAGCUAUACGGCAGCAGUAUGCUCAAGCGCCUAAAGUUUUUGAUCUAAAUGCAGUUGAGGCAAAUGUUAAAGCCAAAAAUGAUAAUCCGGAAAUUCCAAGGCAACAGUAUACGCUGACUUAUUCUGAUGAUGCAAACUUUUUCUCGAAACUUUUCUGGGAGGCUGCUCAGGGCGUUUUGUGGUUAUUUUCGAAAUUUUGGUGGUUCCAUCGCGUGAAGGUUUCUUUUCUUAUUUUAUUAAUUGUUCCCCUUCACGCAGUCUUCAUCUGA